AUGGGCAAGCCAAAGUCCAGGAAUCAGGCCCGGGAGGAAACAGCUCAACAUUACAGCAUCCGCAUUAUCGGGAAACUAAUCUCCAAAGCGGGUUUCUUCUUGCAGCAUCCGACUGCUGAUGAAGCCAUACCAGGAGUUCAAUAUGACAACCCACAUUACCUUCUUCCUCCCGGUGCAGGAAUGCCGAAACUGAAGAACUUGCGCCUGAGCGACGAGGAAGAUGUCUCCUCUCAAUUGGAGCCGGGAGAUGAGACAAGCAAGAGCUACCUUCUGCAAAUCUUCGAAGCCGCGGAAGCAGACGGUGAGACCGUGAAAGUGGUAAACACGUCACCAAGUUCCCGGCUUCGUUCAAGACUCAUGAGUCAUCAACUCACAGCUCUGGCCAUGAUGCUCGAGAAAGAGAGCGGCCACGUAGAGCAGCCGGUAUUCCCGCCGCUUUGGAGAACGGAAUUUUCCGAGAACAGAAAGGUUUUGCACGUUUUGGCUCUGAUAUGUGCCUCUCUGGAUCUUCAAACCGCAACGGAGGAUCAUGCCAAGAAGACGAGCCACCGAGGAACACUCAUUGUGGCGCCGAUGUCCACCAUACGUGGCUGGAUGAUUCAGGCCUCACAGCACAUUCACAAAGGGCAAGUACGGGUACAGAUAUACCACGGUUCUGGUCGACAAGGUGUUGCCAAUGAAUUCGUCGACACUAACGUGGUUAUCACAACAUACGAGACUCUUCGCUCUGAGUGGGCAAUCACAGAGGGAGCACGUCCUAUAUACUCCUGGAAAUGGCUGCGAACAUACCAAUCUGUUUGGGACCUCAACGCCCGAUAUCGAUGGUGUUUGACAGGAACACCAAUUCACAACUCGCUCGACGACUACGGCGCCUUACUAUCUUUCAUACGGGUUUUUCCGUUCGUGCAAAAGUCCAAAUUCAUGACUUGGAUCGCGAAUCCCGUGGAAGAAAAGGACAAGCUGGGCAUUGAACGUUUGCAUAGACUUGUUCGCGCGACUUGCCUCCGAAGGACCAUACAAAAGGCCUUGUCCUCUGGUAUGCUCAAGCUUCCUCAACGUUCUGAGAGGAUACAUGAGGGAAUCACCAUCAGAGCGGCCGCGGGCCUAGAGAGGCGACCAGAUCAAGGCCCAUCGCCCAAAGGCAAGCAAGCGAACAUACUCGCCCUAAUCAACUCCCUGAGGCUCAUCUGCGAUCAUGGAGAACAUUUACUUUCGAAAGCGGGAAAAGCACGAACCUGGAAGCUGAUCUCCUGGACAAAGGCGGUAUCCAACGUCCUUCAUCGACCCUCGGCCAAGGUACUGGCAUUGCUGGAGAACCUGAGAAUGGAGCGAACAGCAGCAGGGGCAAAUCGUAAGCCAAGGAAAAGCGUCGGGUUUAGUUACUGGAUCAAAAUGCUCGAUCUCAUCGAGCAGGCACUCUACGGAGCCCAAGUCAGUUUCCAACGCAUUGAUGGACAUACCAGUCGCGAAGGACGGGAAAAAGCUGUGCAGAAAUUCAACGACAACCCUGACUGCACUGUGAUGCUGGCCAGUAUCGGCAGUGCAGCGGAAGGAAUCGACCUUGUAGCUGCCAGUGUCGUACAUUUGAUAGAACCUCAUUGGAACCCAAUGGUAGAGGCGCAAGCCGUCGAUCGGGUGUAUCGCAUAGGACAGAUGCAAGAGGUCACGGUCAUACGAUAUAUCGUUCCCAACUCGGUAGAAACAUACAUUCAGAAAGUGCAGAAGGACAAGCUGGAGAUGAUUGACCAAACUAUGAACAUGCGCGGGAUGACGGAGGCCGAUUUGGAGUCCAAACGAUGGAAGGUUUUGAUGAAGCUGAUCCAAUAGGGAUGCCGGCGAAUCUAUCACUUAAGCAUUCU